AUGCCUGCUGACUUUAAAGACAAAUACCCCUCAACUAGGGUCGUUAUUGACUGUACUGAGGUACGAUGCCAGAUGCCCAAGAGUCUAUGCCUUAACAGUGAACUUUUUAGUUCUUACAAAAACCACACAACUCUUAAAGGUUUGAUUGGCAUCUCACCAGGAGGUGCUAUUACCUUCAUCAGCCAGUUAUACACUGGUCAUAUUUCUGACAGGGAAAUUGUUACAAGAUCAGGAUUUCUGAAUCUGCCUUUUAAUAGGGGAGAUUCUGUCAUGGCCGAUAAAGGCUUUACUAUUCAGGACCUUCUACCCCUUGGAGUGUCCCUAAAUAUUCCACCUUUUUUGGGAAACAAGGGUCAAAUGAGCGCAGCAGAAGUUGUUGAGACACAGUCGAUCGCUUCUGUUCGGAUUCAUGUUGAAAGGGCAAUAAAUAAAAUUAAAAAUUUUCAUAUAUGGGAUAGUGUAGUACCGUUCACCCUGUUUGGGGUUGUAAACCAAAUGUGGGUGGUAUGUGCCAUGCUAUGCAAUUUUCAGAACAGCAUCAUAAGUGCAUAA